GGGACCGUGAGCUGGGAAGAUUUUGCAGCCCAUCAUGAGGAUCCGAGGAGUAUGAUCCCGAAAGGCGGCCGUGUCCCACAAACUGUCCCAGACGAUGGAGCUUGCUCCAUGCUUAAAUAAAAAUCCGGUCCGGGGGGAUGAACGCGCAGAGAAUAAGGCUGUCUGCAGACCGACGUUAGUGAGAAGCCAACGGGCGUCUACAACUAUGCGGGACUUUGGAGCGACGCUGCUUUCCUUGGGAUGUAAAUAAAAAAGACAAAGGAAAAAUCUUGUAGAACAAACAUCGUCGCGUAUGUAUAUACUUUGGGAUUUCUUUAAUGUAAGAGCUGUUUCCGUCUAUACCUAAAUGUAUAUGCAGAUCGGCGUUGCAACGUAACACACUUGUCUCUUGACAAAAAAAAAAAUCCCAGUGCUACUAAAUCAAAAUAAAGAAUGCCAUGGAUCGUAUGGGAGAAGUCUGUUAAACCGUAAGGUUUUGUUCGUGCACCGUUGAAACGUGCGUUUUAGUGAGAAGCUGCUGUCUCUAUCCAUGGUCCUAAAACGAGCGUCCCAGUUAAAGGUGUGCAAAGCAAUGUCUGUGGUCCCGGGAAAAGGAUGUCCUCGCCACUUCUGGUCGUGAAAAGCAUUCCGUGGUUUGUACGGGCUUAAAACUGAAAGAAGAAACGGAAGAUUUUCUCAUCCUUGAAGUGCGAAACCCCCAAAGAGGAUUUUAUUUCAUCUGUGAACAUCAUUGUAGCACACGAACUACUACAAUUCUUUCAUCGCUGGCAAAAAUGUACCGAUUUAAUGUGCUUGGGAUCUAUUUGUGGGAAACUAUAGUUUUUUUUAGCCUGGCGGCAUCAAAAGAAGCGGCAGCGAGGAAGGCCGUCACCCCGAUGCCCCCCUCCGAGUUCCUGGACAAGCUGAUGGGCAAGGUUUCGGGAUACGACGCACGGAUCAGGCCCAAUUUCAAAGACCCUCAAGGCUCCAAAUCAGAAGCUUCUCGCAAGAAAGGUCCUCCAGUAAAUGUGACCUGCAACAUCUUCAUCAACAGUUUUGGGUCCAUCGCUGAGACAACUAUGGACUAUAGGGUGAACAUCUUCUUACGGCAGCAGUGGAAUGACCCGCGGUUGGCCUACAGCGAGUACCCGGAUGACUCCCUGGACCUAGAUCCCUCCAUGUUGGACUCCAUCUGGAAGCCUGAUCUGUUCUUCGCCAACGAGAAGGGAGCCAACUUCCACGAGGUCACCACCGACAACAAGCUGCUGCGCAUCUCGAAGAACGGCAACGUGCUGUACAGCAUCAGAAUAACCCUUGUCUUGGCCUGCCCCAUGGACCUGAAGAAUUUCCCUAUGGAUGUCCAGACGUGCAUUAUGCAGCUGGAGAGCUUUGGAUAUACCAUGAAUGACCUGAUCUUCGAGUGGGACGAGAAAGGGGCCGUGCAGGUCGCCGAUGGACUCACACUGCCCCAAUUCAUCCUGAAGGAGGAGAAGGACCUGCGGUACUGCACCAAGCAUUACAACACCGGGAAGUUCACGUGCAUCGAGGCCCGGUUCCACUUGGAGCGGCAGAUGGGCUACUACCUGAUCCAGAUGUACAUCCCCAGCCUGCUGAUCGUCAUCCUGUCCUGGGUCUCCUUCUGGAUCAACAUGGAUGCCGCUCCUGCCCGCGUGGGCCUUGGAAUCACCACCGUGCUCACCAUGACGACCCAAAGCUCCGGCUCUCGUGCCUCCCUGCCCAAGGUGUCCUAUGUGAAGGCCAUCGACAUCUGGAUGGCCGUGUGUCUCCUCUUCGUCUUCUCUGCCCUGCUGGAGUACGCCGCUGUCAACUUCAUCGCCCGGCAGCACAAGGAGCUGCUGCGAUUCCGCAGAAGGAGGCGGCAUCUCAAGGAGGAUGAGGCUGGGGAGGGCCGUUUCAGCUUUGCCGCCUACGGCAUGGGCCCCACCUGCCUGCAGGCCAAGGACGGCAUGGCCAUCAAGGGCAACAGCAACAAUGCUCCAUCCUCCGCCAACCCACCGGAGAAGACAGUGGAGGAGAUGCGCAAGAUCUUCAUCGCCCGCGCCAAGCGGAUUGACACCGUGUCCCGUGUGGCCUUCCCCCUUGUCUUCCUCAUUUUUAACAUUUUCUACUGGAUCACCUACAAGAUAAUUCGCAGCGAGGAUGUGCACAACCAGUGAGUACCUAGCAGAGGAGGCCAUGCCCCCCACGGCCCCUCCCACCCAAAACCCCGCCCUCACCACGCCCACACGCUUCUGGCGGGACCUUUCUGCAGAGGUAUACAUCAAUAUUUGUUGUUUCUCUCUCUAACCCCCCCCAACCCCCUUUUUUUCUGAGUAAUCCGGACUUGUGCAAUAGCAAUGCAGUAAAAUGCAUGAAAUAUGAAUGUGGCAAUAUAUUUACUAAAAGAAACAUAAAUGACAAAAAUUAAAUAUUAGACUUCUAUGGACACGUUCAGAAACAUUUAAGAACUUCAGCUCUGAUGGGAUAAGAAAUAUCCGAAAUGAAGGCGAUGCUCUUCCAAGACCUUUUUGCGACUGCAAGUCAUAAAUCCCGCAUUACAUGAAUUAUAAGGGCAAAACCUACUGCACUGUAAUAUAUACUUAGUAUAUAUAUUUACUGAAAUGUACAAACUGAUAUUUCUUCGACGCUAGGCAGUUGGAAUUGGGACUUUCAGAGGCUUUGAAACCGUUCGGUGCUUCCAACAAUAACGCGAUGCAGAAGACACACGGCGAAUCGUCCUAUAUAUGGAAAUCUGCUUUAAUGUGUGUAUUUCGCGCAGUUGUCAACGCUUCCCCUCACCACACCUUUCUAUCCCUAGCCAAAAACUGAAACUUAAUGGGGUUAACACCGAGCUAAUCGAAAGCUUGACCAAUGUGGAUCAAAGAUAUGCUGUUUAAACAAGCCGUCGAUAUACACGUGUCCCUUUGUCGAUUCUUGAUUUAAAUUAUUUAUUUGGUAUUUGUAACGCUGUGCCAAGUUUACCUCACUUUUUCUGUAAUGCCAAACCUGUUUUUUGUCUGUUUUCGGUACCUUGGUAUGAUUAAGUAGGCCUAUAUGUCAGGACUGUUGCAUUUUAAACUAGUUUAGUCGUUUACUCGUUUGUUUCGUGUUCAGUGUCAUUUUGCUGCUUUAAAUCGGGGAUAAGCUGCCGGUUUAUUUGCCUGGCCGCAGGCGUCCGUGCAGUGAGCCGCCGAUCACAAGCACCCAUCGGCCUCGUUAACAGCAUCACGUGCUUCCUAUGUCUCCAUGCUUCACACGCAGACAGACUCAAUUUAAAGUCACGAGUUCGACAACGGCGUGGUUAUUUUAACAGAGGUUCAGAACAUAUUGAGGUGUACAGGCAGCAAUUCCCACUACUAAGGUUGUAGUGCAGUUUCCCAAACCAUCUUUCACACCAAUGAAAACCUAUUUGUUCCCAUCACUUUAAUCCUUUAUAAAAAUAUUAACUAUAAACAUGAAACGCCCACGUGCAAGUUAAAAUGUGUUCAGUACGGUUGGUUUAAAAACUGGCUUUAAAAGCAAGUAUUUUAUGACAGUGUAAUCUGCUGUCGUUCAGAUAUGUUUUACAAUAUAUCUUUAAACAAAGGUUACACCUAAAACACUGAAAUUGUAAGUGUUGGAUAAAGGAUUUCUAUGCAAUGCACACAGAAUAGAAUUACGCUUUAACUGACAGAUCUUAACAACAUGGUCAGACAUAAACGUUUAGGAGCUAUUCCCGAACUGAUUUCUAGCGAUGAUUUAAAUUGAGAAAGAAGACCGAAAGUCCACGAAAAGCUAACACUUCAAAUAUGUUUUAACUAUGCAUGGCAAAUGGUAUGCAACGUUAGGUUUGACUUUGAUCUACGAUACUUAUUGUCAAAUUAGUUGUCCUGCCCCCGCUCGACUUGGUUGAAAACCAAAGAUUAAUUUUACUAUGCUUUUGUCUGCGUCUUCCUUAGUGUGGACAUGCAUUAUAAUCAAAUGCUCCACGUUUAUAAGACAAACAUGUUUAUUUUGUCCCAAUUUAAUUUUAUUCAUAUUUUGUAAUUGAUUCAUUUUCACCCACGUACAAGGGUUGCUCAAAAAGAGUGAAAUAUGCCUUUAACAGCAUCUGUCCAUUCACUGGGGGACAUUUAGAAAGUCACCGUUUACUAGUAUGUCGUAUUUUUUUUAUCAUUUAAACCUCAUUUUUAAAUGUAUGUAUAUCAGUAACUCAAAGCAAAACGGAGACUGAGAUUAAAACUGGCUGCAAAGGCGGUACAAUGGCGUAGUUUGCAGUUAAACAGGAAAUGAACCGUCAGUCUUCCGAGUCAGUUGCAUUUGUUUCAUCUCAUCGACUUGAAUGCUGCUACAAAUGUCAUUGUUUCUAAAACGUAGCCCUAAUUUAAUACACUUAAUUAUACCGAAGCUAAGCGGAGAAUGUAAGAGUGAAAUGUUGUGUGUGUGUGUGUGUGUGUGUGUGUCUUGGAAUGGACUAAAAGGGCGGCGUGGGGUUAUUAUUAUAUUUACUUACUAUGUUUAAAACCAACUCCAAUAACAGCAUCCCUCCUAAAUAAACGUGACCCAUCCAUAUUAACUUGAAGAAAGAGCAUGAUCAGUUACGCUCAUGUGACCCAGUUCCUAAACAGCGCUGUGUACAUAUAUAAACACAUACGAACACAAUAAGGGCAUUACCAGGCGGAUUAUUCAAAGGAUCACACCCCUCCUUUACAUGAACGCUGAUUUUGUUUGAUUGCACCUGUUCUAGUUUGGUCAAUUGUGCCCCCCGCCACCACCAAAUGUACAGGUAAAAAUAUCAGUAGGCCAUAAUUGUAACUGAAUACUGCCGCCCAAUAACUAAAAUGGUGUUAAACGAAGCCACAUUUUCCAAGGCUCUCAGACAUCGUUAACAACGAGACGAUUUUACGAUAUGAAAAAAUAUAUGCAAACGUAAAUGUACUGGAAAAAUACAAAUUGAUUUAAAAUAUUUGUUCUCAGAGCACAAAGGCUGUAUUUGAUUUGAGAAGCACGCGUUUUUGUAAUCUCCCUCAAAAUGUCGUUACAAGAAUUCUUAUUACAUAUAUAUAAAAAAAGAAUCUUUGAGUACGCAAAGUCCAGUGUUUCAAAACGUCUAAUAUUGAUUGCUACAACUGCAGUGAAUGGAAUUGCUGAAACUAAUGUCCCUGAAAUCAUUCAUUGCUGGCUUUCAUCUAUUGAAAAGAAAAGGCGUUUUACUUUGCACAAGUAUGGCCUUAAUUUUGUCAUUUUAAUUUGCUUAUAAUGUGUCUUGGCACAAAGUGCAUAUCUUACUUUGCCAUAAUACCAGAAUCCCAAUUUAUUCUUCAGUUCCAUUUAUAAUUCUGGAAAACAGCUAAUAUUUUGCAUGUAUAGAAUACUAAAAAAAUAACAAUGGCAGAUAUUUUUGGCUUGUUCAAAAAUGUGAGCUAUUUGAAGAAAAAAGGAAUGUAAAAUUUCUGCUCUAUCUGUAUAUAACUAUUUAUUGAAAUGUCAUAAUAUGUAUUCAAAUUAUAAUUAAAUUUUAUGAGAAAAAUCCCCUACCUGUUUUCGAAAAAUUGUCAAGGUUGUUGGAAUUCAGAUUUUGUUUAUUGUUGCUCAGUUCAAGAAGAUCUGUGUA